UUUUGUUUUUUGACAUUCAGCCAAUUCAAUUCCACAAUGGAGAACCAAGACAUUCCCACUUUCAAGCUCGUCCUUGUUGGCGAUGGCAGCACUGGCAAGACCACCUUCGUCAAGCGUCACAUUUCUGGCGAGUUUGAGCGAAAAUACGUUGCCACCAUCGGUGUCGAGGUCCACCCCCUCCUCUUCCACACUAGCUUUGGCGCCAUCAAGUUCAACGUGUGGGACACUGCAGGCCAGGAAAAGUUUGGCGGUCUCCGCGACGGCUACUACAUUCAGGGCCAGUGCGCUGUCAUCAUGUUCGAUGUCACCGCUCGUGUCACUUACAAGAACGUGCCCAACUGGUACCGCGAUCUGACCCGCGUCUGCGAGCACAUCCCGAUCGUCCUCUGCGGCAACAAGGUCGACGUCAAGGAUCGCAAGGUCAAGGCCAAGACCAUCACCUUCCACCGCAAGAAGAACCUCCAGUACUACGACAUUUCCGCCAAGUCCAACUACAACUUUGAGAAGCCCUUCCUGUGGCUCGCCAAGAAGCUCAUCGACCCCUCGCUCGAGUUUGUCAGCAUGCCCGCCCUCAAGCCCGUCGAGGCCACCGUCGACCCCGCCCUGAUCCAACAGUACGAGGCUGAGCUCGAGGAGGCGCGCAACACUGCCAUCCCCGACGCCGAUGACGACGAGGACAUUUAAAUCAACCUCGCGAAUUUAGGCUGUCCAUUCUGUUGUGCUUUGUUUCUUUGUCUCUAUGCUUUUCUCUGUCUUAUCAACACCCGCACACAGUCACGGUUUCGCGCUGAUCGUGGCUUGUGGCCAACACAUUCAUCUCCCCCAAAACCCCGCUACCUCAAAAAGAAAAAGAAAAAAAGUUUUGAGCCAAAAAGCCCGCAUACUGGAAUGAUGGUGCGUGUUUUGUUCGUAUUUUUUUUUGUUUGUUAACCCUACCCCCCAACAAUGAAACUCCAUUCCUUGAAGUUACUGAUGAUGGCAUUCUUGUUUCCAAAAUUCCAGUCCUUGAAAAUAACCAAUAUCCA